AUGACAAUCGGGGUUCCCGACUUUGUAGUUUAUACUUGGUCAUUUGCUGCUGCUACACCCUCAUUCCGUUGUAAGCUAUAUGAAAAUGAUAACGUUUAUGAUACGAAUGUGACAGUUCUAUUCAAUCGGAGUCAACCAGAUGAAGCAUAUUGUAAAACACAUAUGAAAAUAUCAGUAAAAGAAUGUCAACGAUGUUACAUGAAAACAAAAUCCAGUAGAGGAACAGUAGAAAUUGAAGCAUGUGAAAACUAUGUUUUUGAUCGAACGUAUCAUGAUUAUACACUUGUCGAGGAAUUAACACACUUGUCAACAAAUGUUGUUAUGCUAAGAUAUGGCCGUCGUCCCAUAAUAAGUAUUUGUCUAUUGUUAACAGCAUGUUCGGGAUUUAUUUGUGCAUUCUUUCCACAAAAAGUUAAAUUUGGAUUUUGGCCAAGUUAUUUAGCCUAUACAUUAGGUCGUUUUAUAUUGGCUUGUACAACCAGAGGCAUUGGAGUUACAGGAUUUGUACUAGCAACUGAACUAGUUGGUCCAAAGAACAAAUUUCUAGCAGCAAUUAUUAUUCAUUAUUGCUUUCCACUUGGUCAAUUGAUUUUGGUUGGUUUUGCUUAUUUCAUUCGUGAAUGGAGGCGCUUAACAUUGACUCUAUCGAUAUUUACAAUACCGUUGAUAUUUUUGUAUUUUCCAUUACCAGAAUCAGUAAGAUGGAUGCUUAGUAAAGGACAAUAUCAACGAGCUGAAAAAGUACUCCGAAAAACUGCAAGAAUAAAUGGACGAUCAUUUGAUGAGGAAGCAUUUCAAAGGAUGAAAGCUGAACAAGAAAAAAAUACUGGAUCAUGGGGUUUCGAUCCUUACUUAUCAUUUACAAUUUCGGCUUGCGUGGAAAUACUAUCUUAUUUAGUUUUACAUUUAAUAUUAAAUCGUAUUGGACGAAAACUACCAUAUUUUACGGCUGCAUUUUGCUUUGCCCUUGUUGCAUUAUUAACAAUUCCGAUACAAAAUAGUCAAAAUGAACGAAUUUUAACAUUUAUAAUGAAUGUAUUGUUGAAAUUUUUCGCAUCUGGUAGUUAUGGAAUUAUUUAUAUUUAUGCAAACGAAUUAUUCCCUACUCGAAUACGAAAUACAGGAAUGGGCAUGUGUUCAAUGAUUGCACGUAAAUGGAUUGGAGCAAUAGUAGGAACAACAAGUAAUGAUAUGUUGUAG